AUGUCGCUCGCUCGCACAAUCAACUACAUCCGCAAGGAAGGAAUCAAGAAGUUCUGGCGCGAUCUCAACUACAUUGGUGACGCCAAGUCCGGUCGUCUCGUAGGAAUCGACAGGAAUGGUAACAAGUACUACGAGAACCACAAUGAAUUCAACUUGAGACAUCGCUGGGUGGACUAUGUUGCCGAUAACGAAUUCAACGCAUCACAGGUGGAUCCUCUGUGGCAUUCGUGGCUGCACCACAUUCGCAAAGACCCUCCACAUGAGGAUGCGGGUAUUCAGAAGAUGACCCAGUCUUGGAUGACUGCGCCACGAGAAAACAUCACUGGCACCCGAGGUGGCUUCAAAACCUACAACACGGUCAAACCUAAGAUCUCUGCAUGGGAGCCAAAGAUCGCCCCUCGAGCUUAG